AUCAAGCGAAUUAAGAUCGACGCGCCGCGCAGCAGCGCUGACGAUAUCCUCGUUUCUGUUCGAUAGUUCGUGUUAGUUGAUCAGUUCGGCUGUUCGUACGCCGCUAUGGAUUCUUUGGCGAAUUACGCCAGCGACGGCGACAACAGUAACAAUUCGGACGAUGCGAAGACACCUAUUCAAGAGCAGGAAGAGACAAAUAGGAGGGCCAGCGAUGCCAACUACGACCCGGUACAAAUGGACAUGAGUGAGGAGAGCAACAACAACAAUUCCUCCAGGGAAUCCAGUAGCGAACGUGUGAACAGCCCCCUGGUGACACAGUCUACCUUUAGUUCGAGAACGGAAUCGUCUCGGUCCUUAUCUUCUCCGUCAGACCAGAGGCGAACCGAGAAUCUUGAGAAUCAUACGAGCUCGAAAGACGAUCAUAAGCGAGGGGAGCGGAGCGAACGCAGUAGCAGUAGCCGUCACGUGUCCGACAAAGGAGGUCGCCGCUCUUCGUACGACGACCGGAAGCAGCGUGACAGCAGUCACAGGGAUAGCAGGGAUUCGAAGAGAAAUAGGGACGACGAUAGGAAGUCGCGAGACGAAGACAAGUCGCGAAAGUCGGUCGGCUCGUCCAAGGAUGAGAAGAGCGACGACCGGGGGGAGAGGAGCGACAAGGAUCAUCAUUACAGGGACGACAGGAGGGAUCGAAAUCGCGAGAGGGAUCGGCGUAGGGACCGCGACAGGGAGAGGGAUCGGCGACAUUCCAGGGAUGACCGGUCGAAGGAUCGACACCGAGACGAGCGUUCGAGUUAUCACAAGGAGAAGGAUCGCGCGCGGUCGAGGUCGCGAUCGAGGGAUCGCGCGCCACUGCCGUUCAGGACGAUGAGCUACCGGGAGGAGAAGGGACGGAACAAGUUGGCGCAGCUGGAGAAAUUGGGGAUAGAGUUGAAGCCACCCGAGGGUGACUCCGUAACGCCCGGCGUGCAAACCGAGCAGAAUUAUUACAAUCCGUUGGCGACGGCGACGCAGGGCAAGUACGCGGAGCAGAUACAGAAGAGGAAGCUGCUGUGGGCGAACAAGUCGAAACCAGACGACGGUAACAGCUCGUCGACCGCAGCUUCCACUGCCAAUACAUGGAUGGGCACGACCUUCACUCAUGAUCAAGAUGGGAAGGUAACCGCGAAAUUCAAACGUUUGAUGGGCAUCAAGGGCGAUCUGCCAAGUGUUCCGGUAGUAGGGGCUAAACCGGAUAUUCUGAAGAAACAGGAGGAGAUGUUUAACAAUAUGGAACAACAGUAUGAAGUUGCGCGUGCCACCACUCAUACUCAACGUGGUGUUGGGUUAGGUUAUGCUACUGGUGGCUAUCAAUUUCCACGAUGAACACACUGAAACACCUCCUCCUCUUCUUCCCGACAUCCACCCAUUUAAUACCGAUAGACAAAUGUAUGAAAUGUAGUUGCGUUCAACAUCAGCGAUCUGGUAGAUUUGAUUACUUUCACUGGGUAACGAGAGAUUUAAUUAAUAAGCCUUUCAUUUGAAUCGCCCCCUGAGUCGAUAGUGAAUUAUAGCUGGUUCAGUUUUCAAAGUUCACCACGAAGUUCUGUAUUUUUGUUCUAAGCACUGGAAAUAAAUUUAUUAAGAUUAUCU